GCCAGAGGUGCUACUCACCAACCCUCUAAAAGCCAUAUAAUAAGCCAUUAUUGCUCAAUAAAGACAACUGAAAUCAGAUAUCUUACCAUUUAUAACAACUCCAGAUGUCCAAAGAUUAAAUCAAACAUGUCUAAAUUCCAGGCUUCACACCUGACGUCUCCUACAUCAUGGAUUGUAAUUCAAAUCCCCGUUGAUAAAAUCAUCUCAGACAGUAAAUCAGAGGAAGGAAAGAAGUGGCUCGAAAUCAUCAAGCCGCUUGCAAAGGAAUCGCAGCCAGGUUUCGAACAUGGAGUAUGGGGUCGAUUGAUUGAACAGCCUGAAGAAAUUUGGCUCAUUACUGGCUGGAAUACUUUUGAAGCGAUACAAAAAUUCGAGGAAUCAGAUAUUCACGAAGGACAAUUGAAAGUAAUAAGAGAGCUUUCAGGAGGGAAAGAGCCGAUCAUUACGCAUGCUGGACUAUCAGGCGACUUCUGGAACAUGUUGACUGAUUAUACUGGAAUGACGGACAUCUAUUUCCCGGAAAAUAUAGAGGAUGAGAAAAAGAAGAGAAUAAAUGAUCUGAAAGGGUUGAUUUACCUUGUUGCGCCUGGAAAGAGGUCGGGUAAAAGUGCAUACAACGGAAAGGCAGUAAAAGGUUGGGUGAACGAAUCGGUCGAGUUUGAGGAAAAGCAAACUAGAGUCAUGAGGUAUAUGCACUAUUGGAAUAGUAAAGAAGGGGAAGAAGAAUUCAAAGCAGAAGCUGGAUUUUUCUCCGAAGCUGGAAAAUGGAAGAACAUAUUCAGUGAGUGGGUGGCCGGCCUAGAAGAGGGGGGAAUGUUGGGGAUGAAAGAAGUGCAUUGUAAAUUUGAGACUAUUCCUUGGAAAUUCUGGGACUAUACAUCUGAAGAGGAGAGAGACAUGGCAGAAAUGGACGCGGGGAGUAGAUGACGGCCACUGUUAUCAACAACCCAAUUAGGCUUUUUCAUGGCGUGUGCCCCUGAAUGUCACUGUGAUUUGCCGAUCAUUUUGCCGAUAUGCUCACGUCAACGGCCGUUAAGUAUGGAGAUGCCACGCUCGCGCUAUCAUUCCUCCAAAGAUUGGUAAGUAACUAAUACAUAAAUGUAUAUCUCUACAGCUGCCAGCUCAAAACCUAUAGCAUGUCAAGCUUUUGAUCAUGACUGCGUUUAUUCAUUUCGUUUGACGCUAGAAUUUAGUAUACUUUUCUCUCCACAAAAUCAUAGAAGGCCA